AUGAUGAGAAAAUACAAUCUCACGAAAGAGCAACUCAAAAUGGCUAAGUUAGUGGAAAUUUGGGUGGAAAAGUAGUACUGUAGUCAAAGGCGCACACUUCCUGCGCGUUUAAAACCAACAGGCAGCUGUUAGCCACUAAGUAACCUGGAUUUUUGCAGACAAGAAGCGAACCAACAACGCGAAAACUGGAUAAAAUAUAAAAAAGAGCAGGUGCUCGACAUAUUCGGUUCGAAGAGCAAAUAUGUUUCGAAAUCCGCAAAAUCUGACGUGAUGCAUCCACACGCUUUGCGAAAAGUGACAACUGUGAUAAAUAAGGAGGGAAAGGAGAUUCCGAUCGAAUUCGGAAAACGACUCGAAAUUCUUCUUGAAUUACAUCGCCCAAAUCCCAAAUUUCACAUCAUCAAAUCACAAAUUUCGACGGAGAAAUCGAAAAAUGCGCUGGCUUCGAAGUUCAAACAACGCCAUAAGCUUGGAAAUCAGAAAGAUCGAAGCAAGGAUAAAAAAGACAAAUAUAAUCAGAUGAGAAGUUCGAUUGAUGGCGGAGGAACAACUGGAAGUAAUGGUGGAGUUGAGACAACUGGAUCUGCUAAUAUUGAAAGUUCGAAUAAAGAAAAUAAUGGGAGUUCGAAUAAAUCAGGAGGAAGUGAUUCGAAAAAGAAUGAUGAUCGUAAAUUUUCGCCGCCAAAUAAAACAUAAAAAUAUUACAACUUUUUUUAAAUUUCAGAUAUCAAUUCCACUGAUUCUUCUCGCAAAUUGUUUCCUAAGGAUUGGUAUGCUUUAUCAUCUUCGCGAAUUUUGGUCAAGAAAGGUCGAUUGAUUUUUUGGCAAGCUGAGGAGUAAGUUUUUGCGUCAGAAUGUGGACUCGAAUAUGAGAGAAGCUCAACCAAUUUCCAGAGGCGACGAACAAAACCAGGAUUUCACAGAUGACGAUCAAAAAUUCUCAGUCACCACAGAUGUUGUUUUGGAAGUUUUGGAAGGGAAACGUGAAGUGAGGACAACAAAUUUGAAAGAACCUGGCGAUGGAUUUGGUGAUUUGAAGCCAAUCAUCGAGGAUUAUAAAAUAUCGUCUCUCCCAAAUCCCUUAUUCGAUAAUACUCUCAAAGGAACUGUUGAUUUUGAAUCGAAAAAACCGAAAGAUGUAAAAAGUGGAAUGUCGAUUCAUUCAUCAAAAAAUCAAUGGGAAAAGAAUUGUGAAGUGUUUGUGUUCAAAGGCGAAACGAUGAAACGUUUGAAGAACACGAAAGUUGUUCGAAAAACUGAAAUUCUUGAGGAUAUUAUCAGAAAACCUGAUGAAUAA